CACUAUUUUUAACUUUUAACCGAUCAAUACCCCGGGUUUGAUGAGCAUACAUGCAUGUUGUACUGGGCGUAAGAUGAUGAAAUUUUCAGAUGUCAAGCACCAAUGUGAAGUGAGAAGGUCCCUUGUGGAUCAUGUUUUGGGUGUGGGGCUCUUUCUGUCAUAGUUUGGUGAUCGAAGAUGAAGUUGUCGGCAGAGGACGGAGUCCUCAUCCCCACUUGGCUUUGGGAAGCUGCCAUGGCCGAUAUGGCUCUACAGAGAAAGAUACGAAAGGAAGCCAAGGAGAAGAAGAACAAGAAGAAGAAGAUGCAGCCUUCUGGAGUUCUGCUGUAUCACUUUACGUUUAAUCUUCGUGACAGGAGUUUUGUCGACUACAAGGUUGAGACUUCUUCCAAUCUCUUUUUUGAGUAUGCUUCUGCCACUGGCGAAGAUGUUUCCAAUGACUACAUUGCGGUUCUUAUGAAGGAUGAUGAUACCGAUGAAAUGGGCGAGGGUGGAGUCAAGGCGAGAAGCUAUGACGUGGAUCCUCUGCGAGAAGCUAUAUUACGCCAAGGGAUUCAAGUUGAACAAGACCAUGACGGACCCGGAGAUACCUCCACCUCCCGUGUCCUGUACCACAUCAUUGGAUGCUCCAAUUCACAGGUUCAAAAACACUGCUAUGUUUUCCGUCGUUCUGUAAAUAAGCAGGAAAAUGAGACGAGGCUGCUGCAGAUUCUUCCAGGUCUUCUUGAGUUGGAAAAGGAGAAAGGCAUCCCUAAGCGAGUCAAGUAUGCUGGGUUAUUGUUCAGUGGAAUCAAACCAGUGAAACUUCCAGACGAGGUCGUAGCAGAGGAAAUCCAGAGCUACACCAACCAUAACGGCACGGACUUCACUGACGGUCCUGGUCUCAUCUCUCUCAAACUGGCGCUGUGGAUCCAAAGUCAGCUCGGAUGCAAAGGCGACUGCCCGUCAGUAUUUCAGAUACGAUACUGUGGUACGAUACAGCUUUUGAAUGAGAGCGAGGAGGGGUUUGUAUGCAAAGGUGUUCUCCUCGUUGAUCCGACAAACAAAGAAACCUACAGCAUUCAAGUCCGCAAGUCCAUGAUGAAAAUUGGUGCUAGCCCAAAAGCAUGUGAGGUGCUUCAAGGCACUCUCGGAAUUUGCGACUACAGUCGGCCUACUCCAGGCCGCCUCGGACAGCAGCAAGUUUGUUUGCUCAGUGGCACCGUCCCAAGAUCAGAUUUGUUGAAACUUCAAAGGGACCAUCUUGACUGCAUGGAGAAGGCAAUCCACGACCCAUUCUGCAUGUCAUGGGUUAUGGCAUUGGACCGAAAGAGCCACGUAUGGGGUGCCUUUCACAAACUCUUAAUUGCUGAACUGGAAAGAUCUAGAGAAUGGGACGGACGACAAAUUCCAAAAGUGUACAGCAAGUGUGCAGAUCUCCUCCCGGUGCCGGAGGCCAGCGCCAAGAUUAAGAAGGUUCAACUUCCCUUGGCUGCAUCUCGCACACUGUUUGGGGCUGUCUUUCCAGAACUCCUGCACGAUCUCUUGAAUGAAAAUGAAUGCGUUGUCCUUCUGGAGGAUGGCCUGCUCUACGGCAAGGAUUCUUCUGGAGGUGAACAGUAUGUCAUUGUUUCUCGGAGUCCCUCAUACCAUCCUGGGGAUAUCAGAGUUUUGAGGGUCGUACCCUUACCGGAUGGACAUCCUGCACUUUUGCUACGGAACUGCCUCCUCUUUUCUACGAAAGGCGAUCGCCCCGAUCCAGACAAGAUGGGCGGUGGCGACCUGGACGGAGACAAGUACCUUGUGCUCUGGGAUCCUACGCUCUUGAAGCAUGUCCCCGCUCUCAAAGCUAUUGAAGCAACAAAGUAUGACGACAAUCCUCCACCUGUGAGUUCCUCUUCGAUGAGCGACGAUGACUGGAUACAUUACGCCGCAAUGACAGACAAUGCAAUGCUUGGUGAAGUAGAGAGCACUUUCUACAAACUGGCGAAGAAGAGUGGUGUCAAGUCCGCCGAAAUUGAGCAAUUGAACAGCUUGUUUUCCAGCUUGGUAGACCGACACCCAACAUCGAUGGAUGCCUUUAGAAAGCUUAAAGGCUCCGUGUCCGGGGAAAUGGGGUUGGCAAACUCGUGUGUUUGGGAGGAAAUGGCAUCGAUGCAGGCAAAGUGCAGUGAAGUGCAGAGGAUUUCUCUGGAUACCGACAGAUUGCAAUCCUACCGAAUGUUUCACGAAGCUGCAGGAAGACACUCGGGAAGGCAGUCCAUCCGCGACAAGAUGUCGGGGAAAUUUAACCAUCACUUUCGUGCGUGCAUGCAACGAGCUGAGGUCGAGAAGACUCUAUCUGAAGUGGAAACGCUUGUUACCAGCACAGGUGCUUCUCUUUCAGACAGUGAUGAAUCAAUCUACUUUGAUGAAAAUACCGAAACGAAGCUGGCGGGGAGACGUGAGAUCAACAAACAGGAGAGCGACGUACUGUCGAAAUUUGUGCGUCGUGCCCACGAGUUGUUCGAGAAACCCAUCGCUGAAGUCAUAGCUGAAACCAAACCACACGAGAAGGUCGUGGAUGAACAGAUCAAAAGAAAAGACGAGAUAAUCAAGCAAUACGAAGAGGAGAUGUCCUUACUUCGCUGUGAAGACCAGAAAUUACGCGAAGCUGAAGACCGAGUAACUUUUCGCCACGAUGCAUGGCUCAAGGAUCGCCGUAGACACUGGGAUUCGAUUCAUGCAAGGGAGGUAGAGGCGUCAGCGACCCAUCUAGCUGGUCUGGGAGAGCAACUUGAUGCAUUAUCAGGUAAACUUGCAGCAGAGCAUCGGGCUCUGUCCGAUGUGCAAAGAGAGCUCGACGGAAUGUGGUUCAAAGUGGAAUGGUUUUCGACAACCAAACAACAAGCUGCGGGACGCAAGGCUGAGAUUCAAUCUCGAAUCGAUGAAAUCACCCACAUGCGCGAACAAUUGGGAAGCCUGUUAUCUUCGAAGAGGCAUGAGCGAGAUGCUCAGAUUGAAGCUUACAGAGCGCGUGCUCAGAAGGAACAAGACGAAGCGGAAGCCACACUUCGAAGAAGUCUUGCUCUACUAAACAAACAUAAAGUCAGCCUCGAAACAAAAAUGGAGAGCAGCGAAGGACACUUUGCUGAUCUGCUGAACGGUGCGGAGAAGAAAAGAAUCCAAGUGUUAGCUGCUGAGAAAGAAUCAGAAGCCAAUCACCUUCGUCAAAGCUUUGAGGAGGAUACAAACCAAACCACUGACCAUGGUUUCCUCCAGGGAUUACAGGACAAGAUCGAAGUGCUACUGAAUGGAGCGAAGGAUAUUCAAGAAGCGAUCUCACGAAUGUUUUGCCCCGACACGCUUUCUGGGGCGGAAUAUUUGAUUCAGUCGCACCGUGAAAAAGUAGAAUGCAUGGAGCUGGGACGUAGUCACAUCCUCCGUGAAGUAGCCAAGGCGCGGCGAGUCUGGGAAGCUGAGUUGUUUGGAUCGGACCUGUGCAGUAGUACGACGGCUCGCAAGAGCAGGUGGCAGAAGCUGAUUGCUAGCCUCGAACGAGUCUUUGCACUAGAGGAGAAUCGUUUGCAAGGCUUUCCUCGUGGGGGCGAGCGCAGCGGCCCUAUGCCUGUUUACUUCAAACGAGGAGAGCUGCAGCGGCACUUGCGGCAAUCCCAGGCUCUGAUUGUGACGGCGGGAACAGGAUGUGGAAAAUCGACGCAGGUCCCUCAGUACAUUGCGGACGACUUCUAUUCGUACCGAGGCACGGGAACUGAAACUGGGGACGACCCUCCUGUUAGGAUAUGCUGUACUCAACCAAGGAGGGUAGCUGCUCAAAAGCUCGCAAGUCGGGUUGCCCAGGAAUACAUGACCAAUCUCGGUGAGCUAGGCCUAGUCGGCUUUCAGGUUGGUAGCAGAGGCCGAUCACGGGAGGAAUGCGUCAAGACAAGUGAGCAAACCGUUAUUGAAUUUGUUACAGAGGGGAAGCUACUUUUCAACUUGGCAAGGUCACCAGACUUCAUUCAACGUUACGACUGCGUUAUUAUUGAUGAGAUGCAUGAACGUAACACGGAACAGGACCUUUGCCUCAGCUUGUUGCGGGAUUAUUUGGUCAAGUGCAAAUCAACCCACCCUUUUUUCAAGGUUGUUGUCAUGUCAGCUUCAAUCGAUGCCCAGAGGUUUUGCAAAUACUUUGGAGACUGUCCGACAAUGGACUGCCCAGGUAGAAAUUUCCCUGUCGAGGAAAUCUUCAAAUCUCCCGAACAAUCCACAGGUGACCAGAUGGAAGUAGUCGACCACGCAGUCAAUGUUUUGUUCGAGGAGAUCGUUCCGAUGAGCGAUGAACCUGGGGACGUCCUUGUCUUUUUGAAUGGCGCCGCGGACAUUGAUUCAGCAGUCAGCAUGAUUACAGCAAGGGCAGAAAAGACAGGAGACUUGGUGGUGGCCUAUCCGUUGUAUUCCAGGCUUGACGGAGACGCAAUUGCUGCCGCGACCAACCCCGAUCAUCGAUGUGGGCUCAAUGGUGAGAUGACGGCUGUCAAGAAGAAAGGUGGUCUAGCCAAGCUUAGAAAAGUGGUCGUUUGCACAAACAUUGCGGAAACAUCACUGACGAUAAAUGGUGUUAGAUUUGUGAUUGAGAGUGGGCGCGCGAAAAAAAUGAAGUUCGAUCACACUCUUCGAACGAGCGUUCUCAGUGCAGACUGGGUAUCGAGGGCUUCCACUAUCCAAAGAAAGGGAAGGGCUGGGAGGACAAACAGUGGCUUUUGCUACUACCUGUACUCGGAGGACUUUCAUCAACAAAUGAGGGAUUAUGAUACACCAAACAUCUUGGAAGAGUCGGUGGACAGUCUCAUCCUGUUCUCGAUGCAUGUUUGCGGAAAAAGCAUUGAAGAAAUGGGGCUGCUAGAUUCGCCACUGCCCGAGGACGUUGAUCAUGCCAAACAAAGACUGAUUGAAAUGGGGCUUUUGGAAGAAUCUGAAGACGAUCACUGGUGUUUGACCUGUGAUGGGAAGAUUGCAGGCAACCUCUCUUCCUUGCGACCAGAGAGUGUCCGAAUGAUGCUGACUGCAUUCAGAAAGUACCCCUCCUGUGCGAAGCAAGCCAUGAUCCUUGCCGUUCUCUUAUCCACUUCCGAGUCCGUCUUCGACAAACAUAUAGAAGCGGACAAGGAAAGGGACCACAGUCAUGUUUGCGGGGAUCAUCUGUCUGCGCUCAAGCAAUUCGAAUGGUUUGAGGAGGCUUCAACGACGAAGAAAAAGAAGAACCUGAAGAAGCAAGCAAAAGGCAGAGGACUUUCGUUUCGAGUCCUCUCGACGGUCCAGGAAGAUGUCCAAGCAGUUCACAGAGAAUGCAAGAAACUCGAGCUUUUCCCAUCCAUGCCGGAGGUCCAAGGAACAUUGGAAGAGUGUCUCUUGCGCUCCUUUGUCAGUGGCUACUUCCACAGCUGUGUGCAAUGCGUAGAACCGCACCACGCGCGAACUGUAGGCUGUUCCCACUUGACAAUUCAAAUUCCUUCGCCGCUCUUUCUUGAUAAGCAAUCCACGUUGAUAAAAACGCUCGCUUCGAAUGAGCAAGACCCAGUAUCCCUUCAAGACGAUUGUCUUGAUCUCGAGGAAACACGCAACGAUUCUCCAGGCACGAGCGACCUCACAGUUGUCAGUGAGCAAGUGGAACCAAAGUUCCUCUUGUAUGGAAACCUCACGAAGGUCGAGAAGAUCCAGAAAACGUUUAUGCUAGAUGCCAGCGCCGUGGAAGGGAGGUGGCUUCAAGAAGAAGCUGACGGUCGAUGGAUCAAGAGAGUGGACUUUGAUCCGCACCCCAAAAACAAAUGCCGGGUAUUGAUUAAGAAUGUAGGGGCGAAAGUCCUGAACGAGUGCAAGAAAGGCGAAAAGAGCAACAGUGGGGACUUCUUUGCAACUAUAGAGGCCAAAUGCAAAUUGGAUGCACUUGUGGUCAGUUACGAGGAACGCCUUGUCGUUAUCAAUGGGGAUCAAGCUGCUGUAGCAGAUGCUCGAGAAAGGAUCGAGAAAAGGGUGCUGUCUGUAUUGAAACAGUUUCGCCUGAACGAUCGGGCGCACAAUCCUUUGAUCCAGGUUGGGCCCGGCAUGGUUGUCAAGGGACGUGCCCAUGCAAACACUGCCCGUCCAGAACAUUUCCUUGGCAUCUUUAGUGCGUACGGUCUGAACGAAGAUGACUAUGUACCAGGCGGAACUGUUGCUUCCAUCUGUGUUAACAAGAAGAACUCUUGCUUGAUUGUUGCCCCAACACGUGAUUUCUCGCUGGACACUGUGGGACGUGCGCUCAACGAAGCAAAAGCAUCCGUCAACAUGACGUCGAAGAAGCAGAACAACAACAAAAUCGGCAGCUUCAUCGUGAAUAUUGGUGGAGCUCCUGGCAGCAAUGCGACGUCAAAACGAACUCUGAAUCUUCUGCAAUCCCACCAAGCCUUCUCAGCUUUGAUUUUGGAUGGCCGAUGUUCAGGGCAGACGACUAGCGGUCUAGCAUUCCGUGCCUUGCGUCAGGCAGCAGAGCAAAAGAAUACGUUCUGGGACACAUUCAAAACGGAUGUCCUUUCUGGCGACCAACGAAAAGGCGCUGUGCUCAGUUUGGUCAAGUCCCACGAGUUCUUUGCAUUGAACCCUGGCGAUAACAGGUCGGCUUCAGUUUUCAAAAGUAGGCUUGUCACGCUGGAUGGCGCCUUUGAUUUCCACGAAGUUGAGCACACUACUCAUUUCCAACGAUAUCAAGUUCGACGAAUUGCAUCUAUCCUUUCCGAGUUGAGGAAGCGUUGUCCAAAGGUUUUGUUUUACAUAGUGGAGUUGAAGCGCUUCAGCGGGGAAGCCGAAGGCAAUACAGGUUCGCUUUCAGAUUAUCUGUGGCUAACUUCGCUGACAAAAGUCAAGAAGGUUCGAGUGGGCUUCUCAGCAUUGAGCGCAAAGGAAAAGAAGCAGGCGCGCGGUCUAUUAGAAAAGAAACUCACCUUGGAAUCCUUGGCAAACGACAAUUCGCGCACUGUUGCACCUGAUGAUGGGUACAAGAACAAAUUUGUGGAAGCGUGUGUCAUGUGCCGCCGCAGUGUGCGAGUAUCUUUUGGCAAGAAGGCUGGCAAUGUCGGAACCAAUGGUUUGGAAGGCUGGAAUCUUACUUUGUGCGGUUGCUCGUAUUGCCGUGAGUGUUUUGUACAUGCCGCUGUCGAGACGAUGAUGGAUGACGUUGCUCGGUCGGCAAGAUGCCUGUGCUGCAGCCGUGAAGUCCUUGCAAAGGAUUGCUUCUCCAUAGUUUGCGGGGGCAAAAGGGAAAAGGGCUCAGCAUCAAGCCAGGAGUGGGAUAUGCUGUGUCGUCUCGCGGAAGCCAACUACUGCCAGCAGAACGAGGCGCUAAUCACAAGAAGCUGCAGACCAGGAAGAUCCAGCAACCGACCCAGAGGCUCGACGACCUGCCCCGAUUGCGACUUUUCCAUGGCUCACCCGAGUGGCUAUCUUUUCUUAUCGUGCCGCAAUCCAAAGUGUCGAAGCAAGAUAUGCACCCAAUGCUACCAAGUCCCAACCUCCCAGGACGAUUGCUCGCGAUGUGCCAGAGGGGAAUGCGAGCCACGAGAUGCGUGAGUACUGUUCUUCCGUCGGAACCGGAUGGCCAGUUAUGGAAGGGAAGAAUUGAGAGACUUCAGGAUCCGUGUGGUUGGUACAGAUACCUAUAUAGGAUAGCCACGAAUAUUGGUCGGUGUACAUGUACUUCCCGGUACCGGUAUGGCGUUGCUGCAACAGUAGUUGCACAUGGUACUGCAUGCCCUGCUCAGUGUGCUGGUAUCGUCCUUUUGGCAGCUCCAAUGAUGUAGACCCAACGUCUAUGCCAAAGGCUUGCUUAAUGGACCCAUCUUGCCUCCUCUUUAGAAGAAUACAUCGACCGUGUGCUCAUGAUCAACUACUACUUCGGUGUGGCCAGCUGAGACCUUGCCAUGUCGUCGGAAUCGAAUCGAAUCCCACGGAAAACGUCCAAUCUCUGUUUGCUUGCUUGUCGUGACACACUCCUCCAGUUAUCUGGCCCUGGUUCCAGUCUACCGUUACCAAAUUCAAACUGCCUACGGUACUGCAAAGGUUAUCACUAUUCGUGACUAUAGAUGAAUUCUGGUUUUUCCAACAGGGUGAACCAUAGGUAGUUGAUUCGAUGCUUGUCAUCUUCCCAAGCUAGACCCGUACCAAGCUUGGCCAGCCACUCGACCCACAGGGUUCGGGACGCAAAGCUACAUUUGGACUUGUAGUGUCCAUUGUUGUUGGCAGCCGUUACAGUGUUGUGACGGGUAGAGACGACAAAGUCCAGCCGAUUGUGUAGAUUGUUCAUGGAUCGUACCAAGUCAAACUGUCCUUCCCAGUCCUUGUCAUCGACCUUGAUCAAUCCCAUGCGUCGUUUCCAAAAGAAGCAACCUUCAAAGAAUUCUUCAUAGGCACGAGACGAUAUUCCUUGAUUGCGUUCCAACGACAAUAGGUCUCCAGCCUUGCAGGCAUCAUCGCGACGAAACAUGGUGGUCAGCACGUGCAAGUGUUCAUCCUGCAAUCCCAUUCCAUCCAGACUCAAUCUCCACCAUUUUUUCUUGUGUUGCAGUAGUGUUGACAAGGCUUGAGGGGUAAUGGAUGGCAGAGAUUUUGCGGUAGUAUUCCGUGUUGGCUGUUGUGUUCCCGCACCCACCAAUUUCAGUUCAUCCAAGGGCGUGGCCGUUUCUGCGUUGGGUGCUGCCAAUGCCAGCAAAAUGGGAUCCAACCAACCAGCAGCAAGACUUGCCAUACCUACUUCCACACCGGUAGGCGGCGGCUCGAUUCCGACCAAGUUGACUUGCCGCAGGGAUCCUCGCUUCUGUUUCAAAAUGGCCGACCACUGUCGAAUGCUUGCCAGCGAAGGAAAUGCCGCUCCCAUGAGUUCCAGUUCGUUCAAUGCAGGCGUGCCGUAGGCGUCCAGAGCUCCAAUGACAGCUGGCAUGCUGAGCACUGUUGUUGUGGAGUUAUUGUUGUUUUGGGCUGUCGUCGGUGGAUCUGUGAUACCUUUGAGUUGCAAGAAGGCGAGUGUCUUGUGACUGGCAAUGGCGAGCAAAAGACGUGUCUGUCCCUCGUGUCCCAACAGUCUCAACAUGUGCGUUCCAAUAAUGGCAUGGGUCAACUGGCCUGUGGUGCUCGAAUCUCCAGGAUUGACAGCCGCCGUGGUCACCGCGUCCAGCAACUCGGAAUACCAGCCUGUCCCAUUGGUUUGUUCUUCACCACCACCACCCAUUAUUGGAACAUUAUUAUUAUUAUUAUUAUUGCUGUCAUUGUUGUCAUUUGUCAAUGAUACCACAGGCGAAAAAUUGGAGAGAGCUGCCAAUUCCCCGUGCAGCUGGACAUCCACGAAUUUCAAGACUUUGGUUUGCCGUGUCCGAAUUUUGGCCACGUAAUGUCGCCAUCGCUCCAAUGGCGUUCGAGUGUCCACAGGAUACGGAGCCAUGGCAGGACCACCCGCGGGGAUCAUCAAGGCAUUUUGCAGUAGAUUGCCAUAACCCAUGUCUUCUUCCGAGGUGUAGCCACUGCUGUAAUCGUCGCUCUCAUCAUCACUAUUCAUUUCCUCGUCGUCGCCUUCUUCUUCUUCUUCUGCUUGAAGCUCCAUGGGAUCGUUUGCUACUGCUUCUUCCAUGUUUGUUUCGCUCUUAGUUGCUAUCGAAGAAAAAAUGUGCUCUCGUCGUUGUGGUUUGUGGUGUCA